AAUAUAUUAUUCUUUAUACAGCUGUUUCUGAUGAUUGAUUAAAUAGAGAAUUUUAUAAUAUUGCAGAUUAAAAGUACAUUGAAAUGGGUGAGAUAACUGAGGUAUCUAGUAAUAAGUGCUUUGGAGGGUGGCAAAAAAUUUAUUCACACGAGAGUGACGUAUUGAAAUGUAAAAUGAAUUUUGGAGUUUAUUUACCACCUCAAGUAGAACAUGAUUCAAUACCUGUUAUAUAUUGGCUGUCAGGCCUGACUUGUACAGAAUCUAAUUUUAUUACAAAAGCUGGUGCUCAGAAUUAUGCUGCUGAAUACGGAAUUAUGCUUGUUACACCAGAUACAAGUCCCAGAGGAAUUAAUAUCCCUGGUGAAGACGAUUCUUGGGACUUUGGCUCAGGAGCUGGAUUUUACGUCAAUGCCACUGAAGAACCAUGGAGCACUAAUUAUAAAAUGUUUAGUUACAUAACGGAUGAAUUACCUGCUUUAAUUAAUAAGAAAUUUCCAGCAAUUCCAGAUAAACAGUCAAUUAUGGGUCACAGUAUGGGUGGGCAUGGUGCUUUAAUUUGUGCUUUAAAAUAUCCUGGGAAAUAUAAAUCAGUUUCUGCAUUUGCACCAAUCUGUAAUCCCAUCAAUAGCAAUUGGGGUCAAAAAGCUUUUACUGGUUAUUUAGGUGGAAAAAAGGGCGAUGAGCAUUGGAAGAAAUGGGAUGCCACAGAAUUAAUACAAGUGUAUAAUGGACCAUUUCUUGAUAUUCUAAUUCAUCAGGGUGAAAAAGAUAGUUUUAUAGAAGAACUUCGUACUGAAAAUUUGUAUGAAAUAGCAAAAAAUACACCGUCAAUAAACUUGAUUCUAAGAUUGCUACCGGAUUAUGAUCACAGUUAUUUCUUCAUUGCAACAUUUAUUGAAGAACAUAUUAAACAUCAUGUUAAAUAUCUGAAAAGUUAAGCUUACAGCUCCUAAAGAAAAUGAAGCUUGAUGAGUAAAUAAUUUGUAUGCAGUACUGAACAAAUUGGCAACUACUCC